AUGCUACAGAGUAGUAAUGUUCUUCACAGUAAAGAUGACCUUUGGUAUGAGACAGUACAAAAUCGUCUCUUAAUUUAUUCAACUCAUAUCAAUUGUGUUGAAUCUAUAGUACAAGCUGAGUUGUUACUUCUUUCAUCUAAUGAAUCAAUCAAUUUAUCUCUAGUUUGUCAACAAACCUCUCGACCAUGUAUUGAUAAUAUUCUAGAGAUGUUAUACAAAUUUCGUACUCAUUCAUUGCUGGAUAUUGGCUUUAAUUAUGCUUAUUGUCAGCAAUUCAUUGCUUUACGUAUAUUAUUUGAACAUUUUCCAAGAUCUGUUGGUUUAUAUCGAUUAGUGAUUGCAUCCAACUUAUCUGAAACAAUUGAUCCUAAUUUGUACUUCAAAGAAAUUUUCAGUUUACCAUUAAAUUCAUUCAAUCAAUUGGAUUCUGUUGAUGACAUUCAAAAUUGUGAUGAUCAAAAUGUGAACCGGAUUCAAUGUAAUUUCUCUGUUCCAUUGCGUCUAAGUUGGGAGAGUUUAAACAAUCCAUUGGAAUUAGUUCAAAUCAUAUCUAGAUGGUUAGUAGAACGUUCUAUGCAGAUUGAUUGUCGUUCUGGUCUAACUAAUUAUGCACUGAAUUUACUAUCUUUGGGUUCAACUAUCUGUGAAGAACUAAUUAGAGAAAAGAAGGUGAAUGAGGAAGUGGAAAAGUGUUUAAAGUCUUUGAGAAAAGUUCGUCGGGAUUUUAUAGAACUUGUGCAGAUUAUCUACAGUGAACAUAUAUCUCCAAGUACAAUUUUAAAUAUUUCUAACAAUAUCCCCAAUUUGAUAGUUCAACAAUUCAAUGAUGGGAUACAAACAUUUCAGUUAAAUAUGAAACAUUUUCAACAUUUUAAUUCCAAGUCUAUUUUAAAUUAUCUCCUUCAACUUCAUCUAAAUUUGAUUAAUUCUAACACUUCAUAUGAUACAUUAUCAUCAGUUAGUUCAGAUCAUCAUUUAGUUGCCUAUGUUAUAUAUCAAUUGCUACCACAUUUGGCGGAGAAAUGUAUACCAACUGAUUAUGAUGAAUUGAUUAAAUAUUGUCUAUUGUGUUCAGCAAAUUACAUUGGUUUAACUGGUCAUAUUAAACUUUUAGAGACAAUAAAAUUGAGAUCAUUUAGUAAUCUUUGUGAUAAUUUACCAGUAAAUAUAAAUGAAUUAAUCUCUGGGGCUACUAAUCUAGACAACAAUGAUUAUAUAAACAUUUUAAACCCAUAUCGUCUUUUAUCAGGAUUGUUGUAUGUUUUAAUUGAAUACAAACCGAAUUACAAAUCUGAUUCAUUUCUUCAACAUGAAUCGACUAUUUCAUUUACUACAUACUUGAAUGAUGCAACUUGUCUUAUUAAUGCAAUGCUUAUUUAUGCUCAAGAUUCUAUCACUUUACAAAAUACUAAUAAUAUUGAAGAGUAUAAGAAAUUAAUAAAGGAUAUACAAUUAGUAUCUCGUUUUACUUCAGUCUUAACUGAACUUCAAUCUUUAGUCAAGUCGAUUGAAAACGUUUAUGAUACUGGAUAUUUUUGUAAUAUGCUGAAUAGUUGGAUACAAAUUUUUACUCGUCUAACUAUUGUCUAUGAAUAUGAACUUACUGAUGAAAUUAUCGAUAAUACUAUACGACGAAAACGAAUACCAGAAACAUUUGUAAAGGAAUUAAGUGAUUGGCUUCAUCAAUUGCACAGUAGUCUAUCAAAAGGAUUUAAAGGUUAUCCAUCAGAAGUAUGGUUGAAUACUGGUUUACAAUAUGCAUUAUUUGCAUCAGGAAAUGAAUAUUUUUUAGAAUUAUCAAGAGAUUUUUGUCUUAAUUUCAAUGAAUAUGAUGUUGUUAAUUUGGAGGCAAUAACUUCAAAUUUAUGUGAUAGUAGUGAUAGACUAGAGAAAUGGGGAAUUUGUCUAUUGAAUGCUACUCGAAGUGAAGUUAUUGAUUGGCUUCAUCAAUUGCACAGUAGUCUAUCAAAAGGAUUUAAAGGUUAUCCAUCAGAAGUAUGGUUGAAUACUGGUUUACAAUAUGCAUUAUUUGCAUCAGGAAAUGAAUAUUUUUUAGAAUUAUCAAGAGAUUUUUGUCUUAAUUUCAAUGAAUAUGAUGUUGUUAAUUUGGAGGCAAUAACUUCAAAUUUAUGUGAUAGUAGUGAUAGACUAGAGAAAUGGGGAAUUUGUCUAUUGAAUGCUACUCGAAGUUAUGUCAAUACAUCAAUGCCAAGAAGAAUAAAUCUACAAUUCAUAUUCUCAUAUUCAUUAUCUAAUGAGAUAGAAGAUUCUAAUGAAUAUAUGGCACGUUAUUGUCUAAAUAUUAUUCAUACUUCUUCAUAUAUUCAUCAAUAUUGGAGUGAAUCAUUACAAUUAAAAUUUCAAUUAGAAGAAUAUCUACUCAAUUCUUGUGUAUUUAUUAAUACAUUGAAUUCACUACUACCAUUGAAUAAACGUUUAUCCAAUAUAUCACCAUACAAAUUAAGAUAUUUAUGGAGUAAUAAUAAUAAUAAUAAUAAUAAUAUUUAA